GGUUAAGUCCUACUAGAAGCAACCAUUCAUUUUAUUAGACUGGAGAAGAAGGUAAUCUAGCAAAACAUUUUAUUCUUUCCAGGCACUGUUAACUGUCUGGAAAACACCUUGUUCCUCUGAUUAUAGCCAUAACAGUCCUCCAGCAGGGUACGGAAAGAAAAUUCGACAGGUUAUCGAUUCAUUCCAAAGUUAUUACAAGCAAGUAAUAACAUCUCUUACUUUGUCCCCCCACCAAGCCAUCCUUUUUCCUGAAUAACUUUACUACCAGUUUUAUAAACACAAAAACCUGUUGCUGUUAUGUCCAUUCCGACUCAGAGCAACCCUGUAGGACAGAGUAGAACUGUCCCGUAGGGUUUCCAGGGCUGUAAUCCUUACGGAAGCAGACUGCCACAUCUUCCUCCUGUGGAGCAGCUGGUGGGUUUGAACUUUUGAUUUAGCAGCUGAGCACUUAACCGCUGUGCCACCUGGGCUCCUGCUUUUAUAAACACAAGGCAUGCUAUUUGAAUAUUGAUGCUAGGCAGGGGAAUGCCAAGAAAAUUGAUUCAUGUCUGGAUAUAAAAGUCGCCUUUAUAGUAAUGUCUUGGAUUUCUUUGGCUACCCUGUAGCAUAGUUAAGUGUUUUAGGUACCAUAAGAUUGUCCUGAAUUUAUUUUAUCGAAGGUACAGAUUCACAUCCCUUUAAUCAAGAUGUGCUAAAAGCCUGUUGCCGAAUUUUCUUUCAUUUUAUGGAGAACAAUAGACUAACCUCAGAGAAACUAAGUGAGAAUGGCCAUUCUUCAGACUUAAAUGGUAGGUUUCACAGUUUUAAAAAAUUACCAGUUUUCAAUUUAAAAUCUGUAAACACUCAUCUGGUAUUUCCUUAAGAUGCCAUCGAGUUGAUUUUCAACUCAUAGCUUCCCCGUGUGACAGAGCAGAACUGCCCCAUGGGGUUUUUCUAGACUCAUCUUUAUGGGAACAGACUGCCAAGGUUUUCCCACAGAACCCCUGGCGGGUUUGAACCGCCGACUUUCCAGUUAGCAGCCGAGUGCUUAACCAGACUAGUAUUUAGUCCCCCCAAAAAAUAUAGAUGUUGGAAUUGCUGUAAUAUUGCAGAUUACAGUAACCUUAAUAAAAUUACAGCAUUUAUUCUAGGUGGUAGCAACAAUUGUUGCGUAUUUUUUGUUACUGAGAACCUUCUGUGUCUGGUUGCUGGGAGGUUGCCAUGGUAACAUUCUGUGUUGGGUAGGGAGUGAUGAGCUGUGGAAUCAGUGGCAACCCAGGAAGCUCAGGCUUGGAGCUAGGCUGUCUGGGAAGUCUGCGGUGUGUUGGCAUCACACCCAACAUGGACCAGAAGGCUCUGAAGAAACUGGUGGAAUCCAUUAGUAAAACUGUCAGGAGCUGUAAGUACUAACUAGACAUCCAGCACUACCUGAACAUACUUAUUUAAUCAGAUACAAACGUUGGUAGACGUCAGUAAGUGUUUUUGCAACCCUAAAAUAACUAGUUCCUAUCUAAUAUUUUGGCCAUUUUAAAAGUAGAUAAGCAAGAGAACAAUUAUGCUGUACUUACACAGAAAACUUGUAAUCAUCAAUGUCCUAAAAUAUAUUCGGGUAUGUGAGAAGACUAGCUUGAGGAUUUUGAGGGCAUCUUAAAUGCCAAAGGGUUAUCAGUCAACCAAGAACUAAUUUUAUUAUAGUAUGAAAUUCAAAUUUAAUAAAAAUUUUCAUAAAGGUUUGCUCUGACCAGAUCCCUGAGUUCUCUAGCCUCCCAGACUGUUUUCACACAAAACCCAUACUGGCAAAUGGGUACUUCUAGGGGUUAACAGAGAUACAUAAGAUACUUCAGGUGUUGAAGAAACAGUACGGUGUUUGCACAUGGCAAGUGUUCAGUAUUUUUUGCAGCUAAUCAAAUUUAACAGGUCUUUAAAAGUUAUCUUGCAAAUUUUGUUUCUCAAAUGUGACCACAAGCAAUCCUGACAGUUUUCAGAGAAUCUGUUUUCAGACCUAAAGGAAGGAGCUUUAUAUCAGCAACUGCUCCACAGCUUCCUUAUUGGCUACUCCCAUUUUUCCAUGUGUGACCUUGGGGGGAUAGGUACCGCCUCAUCGGGGAAUCUCAUGUUAGACUUAAUUCCGUUUUCUCUUAUUCCAGUUGGGCUUUAAACUUAACUUGGUUCCUCAAGCUCUUAAGGGCCUGUUUUCCAAUCCUGAUAUCAUGUAUCCCUUAAAUUGUAUAGUUAGAACGCUCCUGCAGACUAGCCAGUACUGAAUGUAAUAAGAAAUAUCUGCUGUCAUUUGCUGCUUUCUAACACAGCCUGGCUUUUAUAACAUUCAGAAGGAACUUUGCAUACUUUCAAAGUCUAACACCUUUCCCAAUCCUAACAAAAUGAUGUUUAGGGGUAUCUGCUACCCCUAAGUGUGUUUGACUUCAUAGUUUGCUGUGUUUGAAAGCAAUUCCUUAAAAUAGUCUAUGGGUGUGAGUAUGUAAUACUUGAUCAGGACCAUGUCUUACACAGUCUACUGCAAAAUAGAUGUUUGUAAUUAUUGUUUGAAAAAGGAAUGAGUGGCAGUUUUCCUCCAUUUUUCCAAAGCAUUAGACACUUGUGAUCAAAAGUUCAGACCCUGAACACUUAAACAUAGCAGUUUACUCAAUAUCCUACACCAGUGUAACCAGAUUGUUUUUUUUUUUUUAAACUGGACUAUUUUACAUGUGCCUGUUUUAGAAUGUUUUAUAUUCUAGAGCUAGUAUAACUUCUACCCAUUGAUUUCAUAUGCUCUCUAAAGUUACACUGUCCAGCAUAGUAGCCACUAGCCAUGUGCCGCUGUUUAAAAUUACGUUAAGAUUAAAUAAAAUGUAAAAUUCAGUUUCUUGGUCACUCUAGCCAUGUUUCAGGUGCUACCAAAUUGAAUGGCUGAUAACAGAACAUUUCCAUCAUCUCAGAAAAUUUCCAUCAUCUCAGAAAGUUUCUAUCAUCUCAGAAAGUUCUAUUGGACGGUGCUGCUGUAGAGUUACACGAAAUAAAUCUAACCCCUUUACCAAAGGCUGUUAGCUGCUGUGGAGUCGGCCUCCGACUCAUGGCAACCCCAGGCACUGUGGAAUGAAAUGUUGCCCAGUCCUGCAUCAUCUCUGUGAUCGGUUGUGAAUCAGACUAUUGUGAUCCAUAGGGUUUUCAUUGGCUGAAUUUUGGAAGUAAAUUGCCAGGCAUUUCUUCCUAGUCUGUCUUAGUCUGGAAGCUUCGCUGAAACCUGUUCAGCAUCAUAGCAACACACAAGCCCCCCCUGACAGCUGGGUAGUGGCUGUGCAUGAGGUCCAUUAAUGUAGUAAGGGAGGCAGGUAAAUAUCUCAGGAUAAUAAAGGCAAUUGUGAAAGUAGUACAGGCUAUAGAGAAGGGGCUAAAGGUAGAUACUUCAAAAGAGGUGGUGUCUGAGAUGGCUUAGGAACAUGAAUUGUUGAGGGAACUGUAUAUAAAUAUAGGAAACAUGGUAGUGUCUUAGAAGACUGGUGGUAUUUUGGUAUUGCUGGAAUGUAAGGAAUGGGCAGAGAUUCAAGAGGCAAAGGCUGGCUAGUAGAAGGCCUUGUAUUCAUUCCGUGUUGAGGAGCUUGUACUCUUUUUCCUGUAGGCUAUGGAGGUAUUGCAAAGUGUUUAGAGCACCCCCUUAGGCAGCAGCAUGAAGAAAGAGCUGAAAUAACUCUCCACGGAGUGGACUAUAUGGAGGUGCAAUCCGUGCAGUCUCACAGGGCCCCAUGCUUGGUGUAGUAGUUUGCUGUCAUUGACUUUAACACUUUUUGAAGGGAUCUGCAUAUUCAUUUUGCACUGGGCACGAGAAGGUAUGUAACCAGGCUUGGUUAUGUACCUCUUAUUCAAAGAAUGGUAAGAGUAUCUCCACCUUCAGAAUCACCUAAAGGUUUGUGUUGGAAAUGUGGAUUCCUGGUUACCAUGCUAGACUUACUAAAAAUUCCCUGGAAGUUAGGUCAAGGAUCCAAAUUUCUGACUACAAGUAUUCUCAGACACACUGAAGUUUGAGGACUCCUGACCUAAGUUGUUUUUGCCACGUGAAAUGAGGUCUAUCAGCUUCAUAUCGAUCCCAACUUGACUGAUACUGAGCAGGGAAGCAACCUCGUCUUUUUCCCAUGUACCGUCGUUUAGCCUUAAAAUUUUAAUGCUUAUGUAGAACAGUGGCUUUUUUUUUUUUUUUUUAAGCUAAGUGCAGAAUUUUAAAACUAUUUCUAGUAAAUUUCAUGUUCAACUGAUCGUUUUGGUGUCUAGAGGUGAUUUUGGAUCCUGACUCAUCCAGAAUAUUCCUUAACCUCUCCAACAUGAAGUACUCUAAUUCUGACAUGUGUUCCAGUUUGCACAUGGUUGAUAAAUAUGUUUAUCACUGUAUUUAUUCAACAAACCAUUACUGAGAGCCUACCAUUGUGCUAGGCACUACCAGAUAUUGAGUAGAUAUUAACAUGUUAAGGAGCACCUUUAGAAUAAAAGUGCUCCAUCUGCUAUGUCUGUAACUUUCUAGUCCACGUUUUUAUAUUUUGUCUAUAAGAAUGGCAUGAGAUUGUAUCAGAUGCCUUGAUAAAACCCAGAAUACUUUGUGAACUGCAUUUCUCUGAUCCACUCCUUACAGAGAGAGGAAAUACAAUAUGAUUUGCCUUUGUGAAUUCACGAGCCCCUCUUCCUGAGCAUUCAUGAGUUUUUAAUACAAUUGAUCAUCUCUCCUGACACUUAACCCAGUACCACCUCUAAGUCCACUAGUCCAAUGUUUGUCAUUUACUUUUUUUCUGAGACAAAAUAACAUCGACUAAUAUGUGUGUAUAAAUAGAUUUUAGUAUACAUGCAUAUUUCCUAUCUCUGAGAGGGCCUACAGACAGUAACAUCAAACACACAAGUUCCCAGACCUUCAUUUUUAAAACCAUUCUCCAGUAAAAAGAACUAGGACUCCUUGGAGAAAUAGCUGAGCAGGGGAAAGGCAAGAUGAGCCUGGAAACAUGGUGCCAGAAAGCAAGGAAGUGUGCAAAAAGAUAGGGGUAUAUCAAAGACACAGGAGCCAACUUGAAAACUUCCAAUGCCAAACCAAAACAAACCUAUUGCCACCAAGUCGAUUCCAAAAGUUGGGAUGAUAAGCAAGAGAAUAACAUAAUAUUGGAAUAUAACCUGUAGUAAAAACAAAUGGCCAUGAGUUCAUACUGAUACAAAUGAUUGAAUAAGUAAAUGGAGGAAAAGGUCAUACCUUAUAGAAGAAUCCCAAGUAAUAAUAUAUAGAUACCCCUCCGAGGAAGUAGAGUGUGGGCUGGACUUAAUGACUCACAUCUAAAGAAUAGAUUGUGGAAAGGGAAAAGUAGUAUAGUAGAGAAAUUUGGUAGACUCUACCUUAACCAAGUGAUCGAAGUUAACAUCACCAGUGAUUAGGCAUGUUCUGUAUCCCCUGAUAGGAUGUGAUGAAAAUGGCAUUUUACCUCUAUGGUAUUCUUCCCCAAAACACAUAACUACUGACUAAUCCUGAGAAAAAAUCAGGCAAACCCAAAUGGAGGAGCAUUCUACCAGACACCUGACCAGUACUCCUCAAAAUUUAUCAUGGUUAUGAAAAACCUGGAAAGACUGAAAACUCAAAGAUUGGAGAAGAUUCUGGGUUGGGUCCUGGAACAACAAAAAAAUGGACACUAGGGGAAAAACUGGUGCAGCCUGAGUAAAGUUUGUGGUUUAGUUAACAGUGGUGUACCAAUGUUAAAUUUAUUAGUUUUCACAAAUGUGCCACGGUUAUGUAAGAUGUUAACAUACGAAUAUUCUGUGUACUAUUUUGGCAUCUCUCUGUAAAUCUAAAAUUCUUCCGAAAUUAAAAGUUCAGUUAAAACAAUAAUAUGAGUUCAUCUCAAGCAUCUCAGUGCCAUUUCAAUUACCCAUGAUUUCCCAAAUACCAUUUAUGAUGGUUAGAUAAAAUGAGAUGUGAACUACAUGGAUAAAACUCAAAGGUCUGGGCCAAGGCCUUUAAUCUGCUAUUUAACAAGUGUGGGAUGGUGGAGAGGUGAUUGAGUCUCAUACAGAUGACUCAAAGAUCACACCAUGAGAAGCACAGCUCCAAUAAAUGUUAAUCCUCUGACCAGGUGUAUAAGGCUCCCAUCUUCAACCUGUUUUUCACUUCCAUCUCAUUGCUAUGCUCCCAAUAAGGCAUGGUCAUCCUCACCUCAAUUUCACGUCUUUUCUUUACUCAUGUUCUCUCCUCCUGGGAUUUUCCACUUUUUUACCAUCUCCAGCACAGUCCGUCUUACAUAAAUACUAUGAAUCUUUUAAGGCCCAGUUCAAAAUCUGAAAAUGGCCUGGCUUCUCUUUCCCAUACUGAUUUCUAUCCGUGUGGCUAUGGUGGUGACCUUUAUAGUACAUAAUUUGUCAAUUAUAUCUAUAACUGUCUUAUGGGGCUUCUUAACCCAUUACUGUCGAAUCAAUUCCGAUGCAUAGCCACCCUAUAGGACAGGGUAGAACUGCCCCAUACAGUUUCCAAGGAGUGCCAGGUGAAUUUGAACUGCCAACUUUUGGGUUAGCAGCCGUAGCUCUUAACCACUACACCACCAGGGUUUCCUGGGACUUCAUAGGAGGCCCACUUUAUGUGUAAACUUUAAGUAACAAAUUUAUGCCGUACUUUCUGUAUCGACAGAGCACAUAGUGUCAUAGGAACAAAAUAGCUGCUGAGUAAAAUGGAUUGGGUUGAAAAACUCAGUAGUUAAGUCCUAGUUGUAUUUAUGUCUUUUCAUUUUACAGUCAAAAAAAGUGAAAUUGAGUGUCUCAUAAGGCUUUUUCACAGCUUGGUGAAAGGAACUGAUGGAAGACUUAAUAAGAUUGGGCUAGAUCGCAGUGCAUUUCAAGAUAUCCUACACAGCAUAUUCGGAAUGACUGAUGAUAUGCUGAUGGAUAGGGGUAAGAACUCAUAAGAGACUGAAAUGGGCCAAAGGGAGAUAUGGCAAAUAAAUAUUACCUGUGGCUGUGUAUGUGCUUGAUUUCCAUCAAAGAUUCAGCUUUUUCAAUGCCAAACUAGAAAGGCAUAGUUGCUAGUGCUGCCAAUAUAAACCAGUAGUUUGUAGUGAGGAUGUUUCUUAAAAGCUCACUCAGAAUUUCGUAGCUAUGAACUAAAUAAGCUAGCAGUAUUGUUUUUUUAAAAGAUAAGCACGUAGCACUUACAAGCUAUACCAAAACCAAAAACCAGACCCAUUGCCAACUGAGUCGAUUCCGACUCAACAACCCUAUAGGACAGAGGAGAACUGCCCCAUAGGGUUUCCAAGGAGCACCUGGUGGAUUUGAACUGCUGACAUUUUGGUUAGCAACCCUAUCUCUUAACCACUAUGCCACCAGGGUUUCCUCACACGCCAUAGACAUGUAAAUUAUUAAAUGACUUCACUUUCCUCAUAAAGAUGAAAAAUAUAUCAGUCAGUACAAAAAAAAACAUUGAAAAAAAAUUUUUUACAUGUUUAAAAUAGGAAAUUAAUGUGAUUUAGUUGAUUUUAUAAUGAAUUUUUAAAAUGUACAGCUUGGUAAGUUUUAACAUGUAUACACCCAUGAACCAUGACCCCAGUCAAAAUAAUUAACAUAUCCAUCACCCCCAAGAGUAAGUAUUUUAACUUAUUUACCAGAAAAUACUAAGAUUUCAUUGGUAAUAUUUAAAAUAAUUAUUGUAGUAAUUUAACAUUAACUAGGCAUAAUGCAAACUCUAGAAUUUUUGCCACUCUUUUUAGAAUAAAAUUAAUACCACAUUGAUCAACUCCUCUGUUGGUCUUGGUGUAUAGUAACUGUAUGAAAGAUACAAAUGAAGUUCAUCAUUGUUAAUGGAGAAUGACUGUAAACAUACUCCUUUCAAAAAGUUUGGUUCAUUCAAGAAAGACUGCCAGAACCUUUUCCCCUUUCAACUGGAGAAAAAGUUUUUCUAUCUGCAUACAUACUACUGAGUUAUAAAAUGACUCUAAAUUACAAUGCACAUACACAUUCUUUUUGUUUCAGUGUUUUUUGCAUUUGACAAAGACAAUGAUAGCCGCAUAAAUGUAAAUGAAUGGGUUAAAGGAUUAUCAGUGUUUCUUCGAGGGACUUUUGAAGAAAAGCUGAAGUUCUGUUUUGAAGUUUAUUAUUUGAAUGGUGAUGGUUACAUUUCUCGAGAGGAAAUAUUUGACAUGUUGAAGAACAGUCUGCACCAACAGUCAUCUGAAGAAGAGGCUGAUGAAGGAAUAAAAGAAUUAGUAGAAAUAACAAUGAAGAAAAUGGAUUAUGACAACGAUGGCAAGAUAUCUUUUGCAGACUUUGAAAGAGCAGUAAAAGAUGACAGGCUUUUGCUGGAGGUGUUUGGACCAUGUUUACCAGAAGCACAGAAGUGUCUUGAUUUUGAAGUCCUGGCAUUCAGAAAUAUCCUGACUUCCGGUUUUUGAAUGUGAAUCACAGGCCUCUUUCCACUUAACUAUAGAUCUUGAAGAGUUUUUC